UCUUUCUGUUCUGCAUGGGCUCUGGAGGGCAGGACAGAGCCUUACGGCGGCUGCUCUUCAGAUCUGUGCUCUACAUUGGGCUUAGCUGACCAAAGAUAAACAUUUGGCCUGUUCUCUGGGCAUUUCCCUGGAACCUGAGCUCCUGAAGACAUCGCACUGGAGCAGAUGGAUAAUGGAGACUGGGGCUGUAUGAAUAAAAGGUCAGGUUGCAACACCAAUGCUGUAGAGGUGGACACUGUCAGCUGAUGACAUUUCAAAGCUGCUCCCAACACUUGGGCGUGUGAUGGAUUGUGUCCAGCAGACUGUGCAUUUCAGACUUUGUCACUGAGCCUAUUAUUUCCUCUGAUCCUGGUGGCACAGGCCUGUGAUGUCAGCACUUGAUGACUGACCCAGUCACACUGAAUGUAGGUGGACACUUGUACACGACGUCUCUCAGCACCUUGACACGCUACCCGGAUUCCAUGCUUGGAGCCAUGUUUGGGGGGGACUUCCCCACAGCUCGAGACCCUCAGGGCAAUUACUUCAUCGAUCGCGAUGGACCUCUUUUCCGUUAUGUCCUCAACUUCCUAAGAACUUCCGAGUUGACCUUACCCCUGGAUUUCAAGGAGUUUGAUCUGCUUCGGAAAGAAGCGGACUUCUACCAGAUUGAGCCCUUGAUUCAGUGUCUCAAUGACCCUAAGCCUUUGUAUCCUGUGGAUACCUUUGAGGAGGUCGUGGAGCUGUCCAGCACUCGGAAGCUCUCGAAGUACUCCAACCCCGUGGCCGUCAUCAUAACCCAGCUGACCAUCACCACCAAGGUCCACUCCUUACUGGAAGGCAUCUCCAACUACUUCACCAAGUGGAAUAAGCACAUGAUGGACACGCGAGACUGCCAGGUCUCCUUCACGUUCGGACCCUGUGAUUACCACCAAGAAGUCUCCCUCCGGGUGCACCUGAUGGAAUACAUUACCAAGCAGGGCUUCACGAUCCGCAACACCCGCGUGCACCACAUGAGCGAGCGGGCCAACGAGAACACGGUGGAGCACAACUGGACCUUCUGCAGGCUGGCCCGGAAGACGGACGACUGACCCGCGGCCUGGGAGGGGGUUCCUGGAAGCUCGCUCUUCAGCAGAGGGAGACACUGCUUUUGUUUCCCUAAGCCCCAGUACGGGCUGGGUUUUUUUUUUUUUUUUAAAUAUUUGUAUUUAUUUGGAGGCAUCGAGGACCAGAAGGGAGCCGUGGGCACCAGCACCUCAGCGCCCCUCCAGGUUUUAUUCCCUUCCCCAAGUGCAUGUGCCUGUUUGCUCUCCAGAAGUCUUUUAUUUUAUUUUUUUAUAUAAAAAAGAAGUCUGAAAAUCAUUAUGGUAUAGAAUCUACCCUUAACAGACCUUAUUUUAUUAUUAUUAUUACAGUGCUAAAAUGAUUCCUGAUAAAAUGGUCCCUAACCCAGGUAGUAGGCUGAAAACGCAGCAUUUCUGAUGCCUUUGAGAAAAUCAAAGUGUCAUGUAGGGUGACCUAGUUUCAACCCGGUGAACAGUAUAUUGUAAUAGUGAAGGAAAACCUCCAGUCAGUUAAAGGUACUUGUCAAGUACUGCUUUGUACAGUUAUGACAACUGUUUCUUUCUAUGCAUAUAAAUCAAGGAACCAAAUAUCCUGUAGCCAUGGAAAUGUCUGACUAGAAGUAUCUGUAUUGAAUUCUGACUACAAAAUAUCCCUGUGGUAGAAAUCUUGUUUCUUAUACCUGGUACAGUAUAAUUCCCAAGUGAACUGUCUACCAGGAAAAAAAAAUACCCAAUAAAAAUAACAUGAAAAUUA